AAAAAAAAGAGAGAAAGCACUUUGAGCUGCCAGGUUUGGGGAGUGGGAUGCAGCAAGCGAACCUGGACAUGCUCUUCUCUGGCUAAACGUUUGCUACUGAUCUUAAAGCAUUUGUGAGAAACGAGACAAGACUGGGAUUGAUCUGUUGCCAUGGUGGAUGUUUUAGCUGGGUUUUUGUUUUUGGUGAUUGGUGCAACAAGUUGGUUUGCAGGGAUGGAUUCUUUCUAGAAGACAUCUUAGUUGAAGUUGCAGCCUGUUACUUACUGUGGUACAAAGCAAAGAUUCCUCCCUCAUCCAGAAAGACGACAUGGGAGACAUUCCUGGAGGGAUAGUAGCAGCUGCCAAAAACCGUCUGCAGGUGCUGAAGGGUUUGGAGGAUGUGGAGGUCCCGGAGUGCGAGAGCUGCUCCUUGGAGGUGACUCUAAACCUGGCCUACAUCGAGGGAGUGUGGACCAGAGACGGGACGCAGCUCAGGUCGAAGCCCAACUGUCGCAUCAGCACUCAUGGGAAGAAACACUCGCUCAUACUGAAGAGGGUGGCUCUGGGAGACGCCGGCUUGUUCGCUUUCCAGGCCAACGGUGUUCUGACCUCAGGGCGACUACAUGUCAAAGCUAGAGACAUCCACAUCAUGAAGGAGCUGGAGGACGUUGACACGAUGGAGCGUCAGCCUGUGAACUUCCUGUGUGAGGUCAACCAGGUGGAUUUAGAUGGUCGGUGGUACAGAGAUGACUGCCGCAUCCGACAUGGAGACAACGUCAAGAUCAGACACCAGGGUAAAACUCACACCCUGUUCUUCAAGUCAGUCAGACCAGAACAUGCAGGAGAGAUUAGAUUUACUGCAGAACGUGUCUCAUCCUAUGCAACUCUCACAGUCAAAGAGCUUCCAGUCCAGAUCAUACGUCCUCUGAGGGUUAAGAUAGCCAUGUAUCGGCACCGAGGUCUGCUCGAGUGCCAGGUUUCCAGGCCUAAUGCUCAGGUCAGGUGGUACAAGAACAGGAAGGAGCUCCUGCCUGGUAAAAAGUACCAACUAAUCAACCAAGAUGUCUACAGGCAGCUAACCAUCGAUGACGUCUGCUCCUCAGAUGAAGACACCUACACGUGUGAUGCAGGAGAUGAUAAAACGUCUUGUCAGCUUCUGGUGGAGGAGCAGGCUAUCAGCAUAGUGCAGGGGAUGAAAUCCGUGGAGGUGAUGGAGCCGGAGCCGGCGCUGUUCCAGGUGGAGACCAGCCUGAAGUCGGGGAGGCCUCCAAGGUGGACCCUGAACGGUGAAGUUCUGGAGCCGUGUGCUGCAGUGAACAUCGACAGGGAAGGAACCGUCCACAGCCUCCGUCUGACCUCCACAGAAGCCUCCAUGUCUGGUCCUGUUGUCUUUGUAGCCGGCAAGAGUCGAUCCACUGCUCAGCUGACUGUGAAAGAGCGCCCUCUUCAGGUCGUCCACCACCUGGAUGACGUAGAAGCGAAGGAGAACAGCUCAGUGACUUUGAGCUGUGAGUUCGCUCCAUCUCCGAGGGCAGUUCGCUGGUUUAAAGGUCGCACAGCUUUGAAGACCUCCAACAAAUACAGCAUGAAGAGGGAAGGGACGCGAGCAGAGCUGGUCAUUCACGGCCUGGUAGGGAUGGAUUCAGGACAGUACCACUGCAUGGCUGGAGGUUCUCAGAGCACCGCUCACGUCCAGGUAGAAGUGCGACGACUGAAGCUGGUCAAACACCUGGAGCCGGUGGAAAUGGAGGAGGACGGCAUCGCCAGGUUCACAUGUGAGCUGAACUACGUGGUGGCCAACGUAGAAUGGCUCCUCAACAACGUCCGCCUCUAUUCCAAUGCCAUCAACAGGAUCCAGCACAUGGGCACCAUGCACAGCCUCGUCAUCAAGAAGCUCCGACCUCAGGAGAGCAGGCUCACCUUCAAGGCAGGACUUCUGACCGAAACCACAACCUUAAAGGUCAAAGAGCGCCCAGCGGUGUUCCUCAGGUCUCUGGAGGAUGUGGUUGGGGAGGAACAAGGAGAGGUUUGUCUGCAGUGUGAAAUUUCCAAGGAGACGGUGACCCCUGUGUGGAGGAAAGAUGGUAUAGUCCUGACAGCUGAUGAUAAACACGAGUUGCUGCAGAUUGGGAAGUCCAUGGCGCUGAUUAUCCAUUCCCUGACUAAAGAUGAUGCCGGACAGUACAGCUGUGACCUGGGCACCAGUCAGACCAAGGCUAAAGUUACUGUACAUGAUUUACACAUUACCAUUGUCCAGCGUAUGAAGAUAGCCUCAGUGCUGGAGGGCGAAAGCUGCACUUUUGAGUGUCAUCUCUCUCACGAUCUCAAUGAUGAACCCUCCUGGUCCAUCAAUGGUCAACUAGUGGUAACCAACAGCCAUAUUCAGCUCAUCGGCAACGGACGCAAGUAUAAGAUGACCAUUAGAGAUGCUGUUCUGACGGAUGCUGGAGAUGUGGUCUUCACAAUUAAAGACUUAACCUGUAGGACAAUGCUCUUUGUUAAAGAGAAGCCAGUGCACAUCUUCAGGGAACUGUUGAACGUGAAGGCAGUUCCUGGUGAGGACGCCGAACUGAGCUGCGAAAUCACCAAACCAGGAGUCACCAUCCGCUGGCUGAAGAACGGGCAUCUGAUCAGGGAGAGCCCCAAGUACCAGAUGAGCGUGGAGAAGAACCUGGCUCGACUGCUCAUCAAGAACUCCACCAUCAGAGACUCUGGAGAGUACUGCUGCGAGGCCGAGGGAGUUGCCUCCCGCGCCAAGCUGGAGAUCAGAGAGCUCCAGCACACAUUUGCAAAGGAGCUGAGAGAAAGCCGAGGCGAGGAGAAGGGAAAGGUGACCCUGGAGUGUGAGACCCGGCGGCCGGCCCAGCGGGUCACCUGGCUGAAGGGCAUGGUGGAGCUGAGGGCCGGCAGGAAGUACGUCAUCAGGCAGAAGGGCGUGGUGCUGUCACUGACCAUCACCUGUCUGGAGACGUCCGACACGGACGUUUACACCUGCGACGUCGGCACCAUGCAGAGCCGGGCACAGCUGACGGUGCAGGGUCAGAGGGUGUUGAUCCUGGAUGAACUCGAGGACGUAGAGUGUCUCGAAGGCGACACCGUAACGUUCAGGUGUCGGAUCUGUCCCAGCGACUUCACCGGCGUCAAGUGGUAUCUGGACGAGACGCUGCUUUACACCAACGAGCUCAACGAGAUCCAGAUGAUUCCCGGAGGAUUCCACACCCUGACCUUCAGGCAGCUCGCCCGGAAAGACACCGGCACCAUUUCAUUUGCAGCCGGAGACAAGAGAUCCUACGCUUCUCUGUUGGUUAGAGAGAGGCGUCCCACCAUCAUUAAGUCGCUGGAGGACUGUGAGGCCAUUGAAGGAGGCGGUCUGGUUUUGUCCUGCGUGGCCUCCAAGCCCUGCCACAUCCUGUGGUACAAAGACGGCUGCCUGAUGUGGAACUCCUCCAGAUACUUCGCCAGUCGGUCUGGAUGUGAAGCUUGGCUGACCAUCCGGGAGGUCUGCAGCGGUGAUGCUGGAGUGUACGAGUGCAGCGCUGGAUCCGUCACAACCAGGGCUGUAGUCACCGUUAGAGCCAUCCCAGCAGAGUUCACUCAGCUUCUGGAGACUGUGGAGGCCAAAGAAGGGGAAUCUGUGACUCUGACCUGUGAAUACUCUCUACCUGGAGUCCAGGUCCACUGGAGGAAAGGUCUGGAGAGCAUCAGAGCUGGAGACAAGUACGUGAUCAAACAGAGGAGGACCAUCAACUCUCUGACCAUCAAAGCCCUGAAGCCCGAGGAUUCAGGAGAUUAUUCCUGCCAGUGCAGAGACCACCAGACGGCAGCGAGUCUCACGGUUCACGCUAUUCCCAUCACAUUCGUCCAGCAGCUGAAGAACAUGCAGGCGGAGGAGGGCAGCAGUGUGAUAUUACGCUGUGAGAUCUCCAAACCUGGAAUUCCAGUAGAAUGGAGAACGGACCGGGAGCUGCUGAGCAAUGGCGUGAAGUUCCAGAUCAGGAAAAGAGAAACUUCCUUGGAGCUGCUGAUCUGGAAACCUGUACCUGAAGACAGCGGUGUUUACAGCUGUGUGUGUGCUGAUCAGAUGACGUCUGCUAACGUCAGAAUCACCGCUCUUCCAGUCACCUUCAAGCAGAAGCUGAGGAACGUGAGCAUCGAGGAGGGAAACACCGCCAUGCUUCGCUGUGAACUUUCCAAACCCGGUCACUCUGUGGAGUGGAGGAAACGAGGAGAUGAAGUGAUCAGGAAUGGAGAGAAGUAUCACAUCCGACAGAGAGACACGCUGAUCGAACUGAGGAUCUUUGACGUGACGCUGGAGGACAGCAACAUCUACACCUGCAUCUGUGGAAGCCUGGAGACCACGGCUACCCUCACUGUGAAUGCUCUUCCCAUCACCUUCAAGCAAAAGCUGAAGAACCUCCAGGUUGCAGAAGGAAACAGCAUCACGCUGAGCUGUGAGAUCUCUAAACCUGGAGUUCCUGUGGAGUGGAGGCUGGGAGGAGAUCAGCUGGAGAAUGGAGAGAAGUUCCAGAUCAAACAGAGGGACUCGGUGCUGGAGUUAACCAUCAGAGAUGCUUCACCUGAAGACAGCGGUGUCUACACCUGUGUAUGCCGAGAGCAGAGGACCAAGGCCACCGUUAAAGUAGUCGCGCUUCCAGCCACCUUUAAAACCAGUCUGAAGAGUCGGGAGGCCGAGGAGGGAAGCAGCGUGACGCUACAGUGUGAUCUGUCCAAGACAGGAGUCCCAGUUCAGUGGCAGAGAGACGGUCAGCUUCUUUCUGAGGAGGUUUCUAGAGGAAAGUACCAGAUAAAGCUGGAAGGAAAGACGGCUUGGAUGACCAUUUUAAACGUCCAGCCAGAAGAUGCAGGAAAGUACAGCUGCAUGACGGGAGAUGAGAAAACCACCGCUGAAGUCAAAGUCAGACAACUUCCUGUUACAUUUAAACGGGAGCUGCAGCAUCUGCUGGUCAAAGAAGGCGACAGUGGAGUUUUCUGCUGUGAAAUCUCCAAACCUGGAGCUCCAGUGGACUGGAGGAAGGGAAGAGUCGUCCUGAAACCUGGACAGAAAUACGAGAUGAAGCAGGACGGACGUCUCACCAAACUGAUCAUCAACAAUGUGGAGGAGAGCGACGCUGGAAAAUACACCUGCAAGACCAAAGACAUCCAAUCCACCGCUGAGCUCACAGUCCACGAAUUACCUCCGAGCUUCAAGCUGCCGCUGGUCCAGCAGGAGGCGACUGAAGGCAACAGUGUGGUUCUUCGCUGUGAACUCAACAAACCUGCCGCCUUGGUGGAGUGGAGACGAGGAGGAGGAGAGCUGCUGAAGAACGGAGACAAAUACCAGAUGAGGAAGAAGGAGCUGCAGGUGGAGAUGAAGAUCACAGACCUCAGCGUGGAUGACAGCGGAGAUUAUUCCUGCAUCUGUGGAGAAGAGAAGACAACAGCCAGGAUAACGGUGAACGAGCGCCCCGUUAAAUUCCUGCAGGAGCUGAAGAACAUCCAGGUCCAGGAGGGUAAUGGAGUGUCGCUGUGCUGUCAGCUCUCCAGACCAGGCUUCCCGGUGCUCUGGAGGAAAGGCGACAACAUGUUGAGCAGCGGAGAGAAAUACCAGAUGAAGCAGAACGACUCCAGGGUGGAACUCCUGAUCAGGAAAAGCCUCCCUGAAGACAGCGGCACAUACAGCUGCAUCUGUGAAGACGUAAAAACUACUGCAACCAUCAUCAUCACCGCGAUCCCAGUGACCUUCAAGCAGAAGCUGAAGAACCAGGAGGCCAUGGAGGAAGGUUAUGUGACGCUACGCUGUGAAUUCUCCAAGUCUGGAGUCCCGGUGGAGUGGAGGAGAGACGCUCAGCUGCUGAAGGAAGGAGAUAAAUACCAGCUGAAGCAGGAAGGCAGAGUGGCCGAGCUUCUGGUUAGAAACUUAACUUUGGCAGAUGCUGGAGAAUACAGCUGUUCUGUUGGAUCUACUGUGACUUCAGCCGACAUCAGAGUCAGAGCUCUUCCUGUAACAUUCGAGCAAGAGGUGGAGAAUCUGGAGGUGAAGGAAGGCGACAGCGGAGUUUUCUGCUGUGAAAUCUCCAAACCUGGAGCUCCAGUGGACUGGAGGAAGGGAAGAGUCAUCCUGAAACCUGGAUACAAAUACGAGAUGAAGCAGGACGGACGUCUCACCAAACUGAUCAUCAACAAUGUGGAGGAGAGCGACGCUGGAAAAUACACCUGCAAGACCAAAGACAGCCAAUCCACCGCUGAGCUCACAGUCCGAGCUCCUCCGGUCACCUUCAAGACGAAGCUGAGGAACCAGCAGGUGGAGGAGGAGAACAGUGUGACAUUGAGCUGUGAACUCUCUAAAGCUGGCAUCUCCGUGGACUGGAGGAAAGGAGAUGAGCUGCUGAAGAACGACUUUAAAUACCAGAUUAAAGCCAGGGGCGGCGUCAUGGAGCUGAUUAUUAGGAACAGUCAGCUGGAGGACAGCGGCGUCUACAGCUGUCUGUACGGAAACUCCAGGACCACGGCCACCAUCACCGUCACACCGAUUCCCCUCACCUUCAAGAUGGGCCUGAAGAACCAGGAGGCCCCUGAAGGAGGCAGCGUGUCGCUGCGCUGUGAGCUGUCGAGGGCCGGCGUUCCGGUCCAGUGGUGGAAGGGUGAGGACAAGAUGUACGGCGGAGGAAGGUUCCAGAUGAGUCUGAAGGGGAAGAUCGCCGAGAUGAGCAUCAGAAACAUCCAGCCGGAGGACGUGGGCGAGUACAGCUGCAUGUUUGGAGAGCAGAAGACCACCGCUGAGGUCAACGUCAGAGCCGCUGCUUCAGUCUUCUUUGAGAAGGAGCUCCAGACCCAGGCGCUGAUGGAGGGGAAGUCUGCGCUGCUGUCCUGCGAGGUCUCCAGCGCUAACGUCCCCGUCACCUGGAAGAAGGACAACAUGGUGGUGGAGGAAGGAGGACGCUACAUGGUGAAGAAGAAAGGCCCAACGCACACUCUGGAGAUCAAGAAGCUUCAGCUGCAGGACGCCGGAGAGUUCAGCUGCAUCACCAGAGGCAAGAAGACCAUGGCCAAGCUGAUAGUGAGGGCUCCUUCUUCCUCCGCAGAGCGCGUCCGGAUCGUAGCCGAGCUGCAGGACGUGACAGUGAUGGCCGGAGAGGACGCCGUGUUCGUCUGCGAGCUGAGCCAUGCCGACGUGAGCGACGGCGUCUGGUGGCUCGGCUGCAGCCCUCUGCAGAAGAACGAGAUGAACCAGAUGAUGGUUCGCGGCCGGCAGCACCGCCUAGUCCUCACCAUGACGACGCCCGAGGAGACCGGCACCGUGGCGUUCGUGAUCGGGGAGGAGAGAACAUCUGCCCAGCUGCAGGUCGUUCCUAAACCCAGAGUUGUGUUUGAGGAGAAGCCCAAAGACGGCGUGGUGAUGGAGGGAGAAACAGCCGCUCUGAGCUGCACCACCUCUGACCUCAUCACCACCGUUACCUGGAGACGCAACCACAUCCCCCUCCAGGACGGAGAUAAAUACGAGCUGCGUAAAGAAGGAAAAGUCAACCUGCUGCUCAUCCAUAACGUGGACUGUCUGGACACCGGAACGUACUGCUGUGAUACCGGAGACGAGCAGAGCAGCACCAAGCUCACUGUAACAGAGCUGCCUCCGUUUUUCCAGGAGGAGCUGCAGAGUGUAGAAGCUGAGGAAGGAGCUUCGGCGUCGCUCUACUGCGAACUGUCCAAACUGGGAGUUCCCAUCCAGUGGAAGAAGAACCGGCAGCCGCUGAGGAACAGCCGGAAGUACGAGAUGAGGCAGGACGGAUGCUUCCUGCAGCUCCGCAUCAGAGACCUCAGGCUGGAGGACAGUGACAGAUACUCCUGUCAGGCAGGAAACACAGAAACCACGGCGACCGUGACGGUGACAGAGCUGCCUCCAUUCUUCAGGAAAGAACUGCGAGGUGUGGACGUGGAGGAGGGAGGUUUAGCUUCUCUGUGCUGUGAACUGUCCAAACCUGGAGUUUCAGUUCAUUGGAAGAAGAACAGACUUCCUCUGAGAGCCAACAGGAAGUACGAGAUGAAGCAGGACGGCUGCAUCCACCAGCUGCUCGUCAGAGAUCUGAACCCUGAAGACAGCGGCUGCUACACCUGUCAGGCAGAAAGAGCAGAAACUACUGCAACCGUUAAAGUGAAAGAGCUACCUCCUUUCUUCAGGAAGAACCUGGUAGAUGUGGAAGCUGAGGAGGGAGGUUCAGCCUCUCUGUGCUGUGAGGUUUCUAAACCUGGAGUUUCAGUUCAGUGGAAGAAGAACAAACUACUGCUUAGAGCCAACUGGAGGUACGAGAUGAAGCAGGACGACUGCGCCCUGAUCCUCAACAUCAAGGACCUCCAGCCAGAAGACAGUGGAAGCUACAGCUGUCAGGCAGGAGCUGCAGAAACUACUGCAGCUGUAUCAGUGAAAGAGCUGCUGCCAUAUUUCAUCGAAGAAUUACAAAAUGUGGAAGCUGAGGAGGGAGGUUCAGCCUCUCUGUGCUGUCAACUGUCCAAACCUGGAGUUUCAGUUCAGUGGAAGAAGAACAGACUUCCUCUGAGAGCCAACAGGAAGUACGAGAUGAAGCAGGACGGAUGUUUCCUGGAGCUCAACGUUAAAGAUCUCCAACUGGAGGACAAAGGAAGCUACACAUGUCAGGCUGGAGCUGCAGAAACUACUGUAACUAUAACAGUGACAGAGUUGCCGCCGUUCUUCAAAGAAGACUUGAAAGGUGUGGACGUGGAGGAGGGAGGUUCAGCCUCUCUGUGCUGUGAAGUUUCUAAACCCGGAGUUUCAGUUCAGUGGAAGAAGAACAGACUUUCUCUGAGAGCCAGCAGGAAGUACGAGAUGAAGCAGGAUGGAUGUUUCCUGGAGCUCAACAUUAAAAAUGUCACACCUGAGGACAGUGGAAACUACACCUGUCAGGCUGGAGCUGCAGAAACCAGUACAUCUGUGACAGUAAAAGAGCUCACUCCAUUCUUCAAGAAGGACUUGGUAAAUGUGGAGGCUGAGGAGGGAGGUUCAGCCUCUCUGUGCUGUGAACUGUCCAAACCUGGAGUUUCAGUUCAGUGGAAGAAGAACAGACUUCCUCUGAGAGCCAACAGGAAGUACGAGAUGAAGCAGGACGGAUGUUUCCUUCAGCUUCACAUAAAGGAUCUCAAACCUGAAGACAGUGGAAGCUACACAUGUCAGGCUGGAGCUGCAGAAACCAGUGGAACUGUGAACGUGAAAGAACUGCCACCGUUCUUCAAGGAAGAACUACAGACUGUGGAGGUCGAAGAAGGAGCUUCAGCCUCUCUGUGCUGUGAACUGUCCAAACCUGUAGCGUCGGUACAUUGGAAGAAGAACCGGCUACCAGUUAGAGUGAGUUCAAAGUUUGAGGUGAAGCAGGACGGAUGUUUCCUCCGGCUCAACAUCAAACAUCUCCAACUUGAAGACAGCGGCAGCUACACAUGUCAGGCAGGACUUUUGGAGACGACUGCGACUGUAACAGUGAAAGAGCUCAGUCCGUUCUUCAGCCAACAGUUACAGAGUGUGGAGGCUGAGGUCGGAGGUACAGCCUCAAUGUCCUGUGAACUGUCUAAACCUGGAGUUUCAGUCCAGUGGAAGAAGAACAAACUACCAAUAAGAGCCGGCAGGAAGUACGAGAUGAAACAGGAUGGCUGCCAUCUUCAGCUCCGCAUCAAGGAUCUCAAACCUGAGGACGGCAGCAGUUACUCGUGUCUUGCAGGAACCGCAGAAACCACCGCAACUGUGGAAGUAAAGGAACCAGAACCAACUCCACCAAAGGAAGAACCUCUAGCCAUCCAGCCGAGGGUGAAAGCUGCUGUCUCCAAACCUUCUGCAGACAAGGAGACUCCUGGACUCCCAGAGACCAAACCUGUUCCUCCUGAGCCCAGAAAGAGGCUUCACAGGAAAGCAUCUAUUGUAAGUUUAGAGAAAGAUGGAGAGUCAGGGUUUGACUUGAAGUCGUCUUUGCAGAAGGAGAAUAAUGAAGUCCAGAAGAUCAUCCAGCCUGCAAGAUCUGUGGAGAAAGACUCUGGUGUUGCUCAGAAUGUGACACAAGUUGAGAAAAAUAAAGAGAAAGACAUUGAGAUAAACAGGAAAGCUGAUAAACCAGUGAGACUGACAGAGAAGGAUCAUAGAGUUGACAGGAAGAUCGAAGAACCAUCAAGGAGUUUGGAAACAGAAAAUGGAGUUUUCCUGGAGACAAGACAGCCAGGAAGAAAUGAAGAGGAAUUAGUUAAAGUUGGCUAUAAAGUAAGUCAGGCUGACGCUGUGGUUGAACUGAAACAAAAGCAAAAUGAGCAUGAAAUUGUGAAAGACGUAAAGGCAUCAGAGAAAUCAGAUGAAGUUGACAAGAAGGUGAAACAUCCAGGAACACUGCAAAGAAUGAACAGCCAGGAUGAAAAACGCCCCAUGAAAGCUCCAGAAAAGAUCAUUAGAACAGAAACGACAAAGGAACAAGAUGUGAAAUCUACUGAAAAUGAAAGUGAAGCACGGAAGGCAGAAGAGGAACCUUUGAAGCCACCAACAAGAUCUAAAGCAAAGGGACCAGAAGUAAAGCAACCCGUCAAAUCUACUUUAAAAGAAAGCGAGGAGAUCAUUCCAGAGGUGGUAAAAACUGCUCCGAAUGAUUUUGAAGAAAAUCGAGUGACUAAAAAAGAGUCUUCAGAAACAGAAAGAGAGAAAAAGCGUCUGAGACUAACACCUUCUGUGAAUCAGCUGGAUGAACAGCCAGCAAAAACAAUGGAAAAAGAAGCUGAAUUUGUCCCUCCAAAGCCACCUACGAGGACAAAAGGCAAAGCAAAAGAAGGAUUUGAAAAACAGUCAUCAAGAGACACAGAAACAGAUCAAGAUGAGCCUCAGCUGACAAGACGUCCAGUAAAAACAACUGAAGAACAGCCAGUAAAACAGGUGGUAAAGCCAAUGAGAAAAGAGGCCGAAGAGAAACUGAGAUCAGAGAGGAAGCAAUCAAUAGCAACAGAUACAGCAACUGUUGAGAAGAUAGAGCCGCCUGCCAGAUUUACAGAGAAAGAAGCCAAACUGCCAAUAAAACAACCAGUUAAACCCAUGAGGAAAGAACCUGAUGUGGACAAGGAGGUGAAACUGGCAGUCGAGCCGAUUAGACGGGAGGAAGAACAAACGAUGAACAUGGCCGAAGACAUUCCUCUACUCUACAUAUCUGAAGAUGAAACUUUCUCAGAAGCUUUGACCGAGAUACCAACCAACCACAUCAACGUCCAACCUGUAGAUUCUUCUGUUCCUGCAGUAAAACUUCGACUGGAGAAGCCAUCCAAAGACUUCCCAGCAGAGAUCGACAUCAACAUCGAGGACGAACCACAACUGCAAGAGGCCGUGGUCAAGAUCCAGGCUGCCUUCAAGGGCUACAAAACCCGUAAAGACAUGCGACCCGUCUUUAAGGAGGUGUUCAAGAACCAGAGCGCAAAUCUUCACGGUACUCUCACUCUGAGGUGCUCUGUAGAGGGAAAACCCAGCACUGUGCUCUGGCUGAAGAAUGGACAGCUGAUAGCUAAUGACCAGCGCUGUCAGACUCAGAUGACGGAGGAUGGAGAGUGCUCGCUGGUGAUCAAAAACCUGAUCAGCUCUGACAGCGGAGUUUACGCCUGCGAGGCGGUGAAUAAGUUUGGCGUGGCGUCCUACAAUGGAAACGUGACGGUAGUGCAGCCGACUCCACAGAGGCCUGUACAUCUGCCACUCGCAGCUAUAACUCCUCUACAGCUCGCUCCGACCAAACCUGAAGCCAGAAGUCAUAAUCAGAGCCAAGAAACCUCGAUGGAUGCGAACUAUGUAGAAAGUGUGAGCGUCUCUCUGUGGGAGGCCUUCAACCUGACGGAGCCGGACUCUCAGAUGAACCUGCAGGAGAAAAGAUGCUCAUCGCUCAUUGCCAGCUCCAUGUCGAGUCCCUCUGAUUAUGACACGGCUCCAGAUAUAAUGGAACCUGUAGAGACCAGCCAAGUCCUACCAAGGGAAGCACCAAAACCAGCAGAACAAGCAGCUCCAAAGGAAGAUCAAGAAGAAGCUGCUGCUCCACAGCCUCCGAAGAAACUGUUGAAAGUUAAAGGAGCUCAUGAUAUUAAAAUGAGGACUCUAUCUCCAAAGCACCAUCGCGCCCACACACCUCUAACCAGCACCAUUUCUGGAUCAGAGUCUGAAGGGGAGGAGGAUAGACGAGAGACGUUUGAAAUGUUCGUGGCUCGAGCCGACUGCAGUCCAAACAGUGGAAAUAAUGAGAGUUUUGUUGUGAAGGAGGGACAGUUUGUAGAAGUUCUGGACUCGGUUCAUCCUGACAGAUGGCUGGUGAGGACCAAACCCACCAAAACCAACCCGGCUCGGCAGGGAUGGCUCUGUCCUGCCUACCUGGAGAAGAAGAGAAAGGAUACCUUCCCACAGUUGAGAGCACCUGAAGAGGAUCUUGAUGGAAUCGGAUCUACAGGAGAAGAAUACAGGAGAGCUCUGAGUCAGCUGAUCCAAGGCCUGACUGAUGGAGAGCAGGAGUUUGUGAAGGAGAUGAAGACGUUCAUCUCUCAGCAGCUGAAUCAUCUGGAGUCCAGCCGCCACGUCCCCGUUAACGUCCUAAACCAGAAGGAGAUCAUCUUCAGGAACAUCAAGGACAUCGUGCUUCUGCAUGAGCGGUCCGUCCUUCCCGGUCUAAGGGAAUGUGCCACAGAUGAUGACGUCGCCAUGCAUCUGAUCAGACACUCUGAAGACUUUGAGAAGUAUCUCCACUACAUGGUGGGACAAGCUCAAGCAGAGGCCUGCAUGUCCGACCAGGCUGUGCAGCAGUACUUCAAAGAGUUACCAGAACCUGGUAGAACUGAUGCUGCUGUCAGAGACGUCCUAACUUUCCUCCAGCAGCCGGUGGAGAGGAUUCAGACCUACCAGGCUUUACUGAAGGAGUUCAUCAAGAACAAAGCUAAGAGUGGACAGAGCUGCUAUUUGUUAGAAGAUGCCUUCUCCAUGGUGUCCUGUCUGCCCUGGAGGUCUGACAACCUGCACCAGGUGUCCCUCAUUGACAACUAUCCAGCUCCUCUCACUGCUCUGGGUGAACCUGUCAGACAGGGAGUUUUCACGGUUUGGGAGGAAUCUCCAGAAAUGAAAACCACCUCUAGAGGUCAUCAGAGACAAGUGUUUCUCUUCAAGGAGUGUAUUGUUCUGUGUAAACUGAAGAAAGACAGCAGCAUAAACCAAGACACCUUCGGCUUCAAGAACAAAAUGAAGCUGAACGAUGUGGAGAUAAAGGAGACUGUGGGAGGGGAGGAGAAGUCUUUUGGCCUGUGGCAUGAACACAGAGGCUCCAUGAGGAGAUACACUCUGCAGGGAACCUCCACCUUAGUGAAACAAUCCUGGCUCAAAGACCUGAAGGAGCUGCAGCAGAGAUCCAGUCUGCUCUCCAACAGUCCUCCAGUGUUUGACUUACUGCUGUCUGACUGCACGACGAAGAUCGGACAAACCGUAAAACUGACCUGUAAAGUCUCUGGAUCUCCAAAACCAGUCAUCAGCUGGCUCAAAGACGGUCUCCCCCUGGAGGAUGAUCCACGUCACAUCAUCUCAGCAAGCCGGUCCGGCUGCUGCUGUCUGAUCCUGGAUAGUCUGACUGCUGACGACUCUGGACAGUACGCCUGCUACGCCAGCAGCUCCAUGGGCAGCGCUGGAACCCUGGCUAAGCUGCUGGUUCAGGCUCCACCCAGGUUUGUGAGUCGACUGGAGAGCGCUUGUCUGAUAGAAGGAGAAGACAUCCAGUUCUUCUGCUCCACACUCACCACACCUUUACCAAGAAUCAGGUGGUUGAAGGAUGGCAGAGAGUUGACUGACCAGCAGAAAUACUCCAUCCUGAAUGAUUCUCGUAGUGGAAUCUUGUCACUGACGGUUAUCGGGGCAACAGAGGCAGAUAUCGGACAGUAUGAGUGUGAGCUCUGGAAUGAAUUUGGCCGCAUCAAGUGCAAGGCAGGCCUUUGUCCCGCCUACGUACCGCCGACUGACAUCGAGACUGACCAGCCACAAGAUUUACCUCCCAAAGAUGAUGACUCAGAAGGGUGGUCCACUGCCUUCAUGAAAAAAUGGCUUCAGACUGAUUUCAGCCCCACUUCUAUCGCCAAGAUGCUUUUUCCACCUGGAUACCCUGAACAUGCUGAGACUACUACCGAAGCAGAUGUUCAUGCCUGCACACCAACACAGCAACCUGUGCAGCUGCCGCGUUACCUGGAGGAAGAAGAGGAGAUCUUCAUCUCAGAGCCAAUGCAGGAAAUCACUGACGCUCCUCCCUUCAUCCAGGUACCUGCUGAGGACCUGUGUGUAGAACCUGGACAAACAUCUACAUUUACAGCCAUCAUCACUGGAAGACCUGCUCCUAAGAUACAGUGGUUCAAGGACGGAGAGGAGCUUGCAGCCAAUGAGAAUGUGAAGAUAGUGCAGCAAGGCGCUCGCUGUUCGGUGACCAUCGUGUGUCCAGAGGGUGAAGACGGCGGCGUCUACACCUGCUUUGCCCACAAUGACUCCGGCCACACCUCCUGUCAGGCUCAGCUGACGGUGGAGGAAGGUCUACUGGAGAUUCAGGAGAGAGAGGUGGAGCUGGGGAAGAGAAGGAAGUUAUUCUCAGUCUAUGACGUCCACGAGGAAAUCGGAAGGGGAACAUUCGGGGUCGUGAAGCGUGCCAUCCACAGAAGAACAGGUGAAGUCUUUGCUGCCAAGUUUCUUCCUCUUCGGAGCAGCACUCGGACCAGAGCCUUCCAGGAGAGGGACUUGUUGUCUCGUCUGGCUCAUCCCAGAGUGGCCUGUCUGCUGGACUUCUUCUGCACCAGACGAACGUUGGUGCUGAUCACAGAGAUCUGCUGUUCUCAUGGACUCCUGGACCAUUUAUUACUGAGAGGAUCAGUCUCAGAAAAAGAGGUCCAGUCAUACAUCCAGCAAAUCCUUGAAGGAGUUGGUCACAUUCACAGCAUGAACAUCUUGCAUCUGGACAUUAAACCUGAUAAUAUCCUGAUGGUUUAUCCGCCAAGAGACGAGAUCAAGAUCUGCGACUUCGGCUUCUGCCAGGAAAUAGACACGUCCAGACACCAGUACAGUAUGUUUGGGACACCUGAGUUUGUUGCACCUGAGAUUGUUCACCAGGAACCAGUCACUGUGGCUACGGAUGUUUGGGCCGUGGGCGUCAUAGCCUACCUGUGUCUGGUGUCCCGAUGCCCUUUCGUGGGUGAGACCGAUCGAGCCACGCUGGCCAGGGUCGGCGAAGGGACUCUGAACUGGGAUGCAUCUGAUAUCAUGAACAGGAGUCCUGAAGCCAAGAACUUCCUCCAGACACUGCUUCAGCCAGAUCCAGAGAAGCGACCGUCUGCCUUUGAGUGUUUGAGCCAUGAAUGGUUCCAGGAUGAACAUGCAGGAGAACAUACAGAUGAAAUCAACACAAAGAGUCUGAGAGUCUUCAUCUCCAAAAGGAAAUGGCAGCGUUCUUUGACUUGCAUCGGUUCGGUGCUCACCUUGAGGCCCAUUCCUGAGUUUCUCGAUGCUCCUCUCAGAGACACUGCAGCGACGGUGCCUCGAGAACCCCAAGAACACAGCAGCAGCUCCCCGAGCAGUGGAUCCUCCUCCGAGUACGAUGAGGCCGAUUCCUGGGACUUUUUCCAACGCUGCAGCCAGACUGAGGAGGAGGAGGAAACAGAGGACGACUUUGAUCCCUUAAUGGAGAGAGCCCAGAUCCCCAAGCCUUUUGAUAAACUCCACCUGGAUGCAGAGGAGGAUGAUGAAACUAUGUUAGGGGAGGAAGAGGACGUGGAGAUGGUGGGGAGGAGGAGUGUGUUAGAGCGAAGUGUGAGCAGGCAGUCCGUCGCUUCAUCAGAAGUUUCCUUCCAACAGACGCCUCAGACGGAACGUCGUUUCAGCAAAGACAGCAGUCCAUCUCUCUGCCUGUCUGAUGGAGAUGAAGGUUCAGGGAGCGAUGGAGGUCGAAUCCCUCGAGGGAGCCUCAUCCGAAGCACUUUCUAUAACGCGUCACAUCAGCUUUCACCGAUGUCUGCCAGACACAUGACGCUACGGGACAAGUUCCAGGCCAAAAAGCAGGAAAGAGGCCGCAAGCCGCUCAGGAGGAGCUUCUCAGGAUGCCUCAAUGAGCCUCUGAUUGAAUACGUGGAGGAUGAAAUGGAAACCAACCGCGGCCAGAGACGGGCAUCCAUCCAGCCCACCAUGCAGAAGUCCUGCUCGUUUGACAGCGGAGUCGGCCUCGUCCACGCCAAUGCACCGCCUCACAGGAGGAGUAGAUCUCUGGAUGAAUCACGGCGAUCUCCCAGCUCACCCAGCCGAGCAAAACCAGGAGAAGAGGAAGGUUCUCAGAGUCUGAAAGAAGACUUUACAGAUGAUGAAGUGACAGGAAGAAAGUUGCUGGCCAUCCCGAGCCCUCAGCGACCCACAAGAAGAAGAGGAUCCGUUGCUCCUGUACAAGGAACUCACACAUUCAGUGGAUCUUCUGUUCCUUCAAGCUUCACUGCUGGAAACCGAAUGAAUUCCAGGCUGGAUCAGGAGCAGGAGGGAGGAACAUUUACCAGCUCCCAAGGAUCUCUGGCUGAGUCGUUUAUUUUGGAACAUGGCGGCUCCGAGUCUUCAAGCAGACUUGGCUCGUAUGAGGAGCUGAGUCAUCUCAGAGGAAAAUACCAAUCAGGAGAGAGUGACGGAUGUGAUGAUCAGAGCGAACCUCUCAUUUCACCUUCCCCCUGCUCAUUCCAAGAAGUCAAACCCAGGAGCUCGUUUCCUCAGGCGCCACCUCGCAAUCGAACUCGCUCCAAUCCCAACUUAUCCUCAAACAGCAGAGCUCAGCUGGGGAUGCCGCUAAUGCCGAGUCCGAGUCCCAGCCUCUCUUGUAUGCAGGCUCCAGGGAGGCCUCCCAGAGCCAAGGAGAAGAACGAGGGCUGUGGCCUCCAGAGACAUGCAUCGGCUCCAGCUCUGGAAUUACGGCCGCCUACAGGGAAGUCGCCCAAACUAGGACUGCUGAAGAUGUUCCGCAGACAGUCGUGGACCGGUCAUUCCUACUCCCAGCUGGAGAACUCAGAGUUAGGACCCACACUAGGAGAAAUCAUGAAGCCAGACACACCCACCAUGUCCCUGAGGAAGAAGAUGAGAGCUUCAGCCUCCAGCCUGACCAAGCUGUUUUCCAGGUCCUCCAGUAAGGAGGAUGUAAGUAAAGGAGGACCAAUAGUGAAAGGAUCAGCUCUGGUCUCAUCUGAAGAAGACCUCAGCAGUUGUCCUGAGAGCCCCAAAAAGAGAACCUCCAAACUUCUGCCAUCUUUCAGAAUACCUUCGUUCAAAAAGUCUAAAGAGCUGCCGGUUCGUCCCUGCAAGGCUGAGGUUCUGCAGUUGGACGGAGGUGGAGUUCUGCUGGUGUGGAGGCCGGUUCAGUUCAGCGACCCGGUUACUUACUGUGUGCAGUACUGUACAGACGGUGGGGAGUGGAUGGUCCUGUCAGAGGAGGUGACAGAGAGCUGCUAUGUGGUGAAGGAUUUACCCACAGGAGCUUCUUAUAUGUUCAGAGUCGGCUGCAUCACCAAGAGAGGAGCUGGACCUUUCAGCGACGCCUCAGCUCCGGUUGUCAUGGCGAUGCAUCCCGAAGAGAUUCACAUUCCUCUCAUUCAGACUCAGUCUCUGGGGUCAAAGGGAACUGGAUCAGCAACUCACAAGAACUUCAGCUUCCUGUCUGAAAUCAACAGGGGUCGUUUCAGCAUAGUAACUGUGUGUCGGGAUGUUGAGACCAGCCAGGUGUUUGCUGCUAAGAUCACUCCUUACCAGGUAGAGCAGAGGCAGCUGGUGCUGAGAGAAUAUCAGCUGCUGAAGAGGCUUCAUCAUCCUCACCUGGUCCAGCUGCACACUGCCAUCAUCAGCCCCUGUUAUCUGGUCUUAGUGGAGGAGCUCUGUCCAGGCAAGGAGCUGCUCUACAGUCUGGCUGCAAGAGAUCUGUAUGCUGAGACUCACGUCGCCGAACUGCUGGUUCAGAUUCUGGGAGCAGUCGACUACCUGCACAGCCGCCGAGUCAUCCACCUGGACCUGAAGUCCGACAACAUGCUGGUGGACGACAACAACCACAUCAAGAUCGUAGACUUGGGCUCGGCUCAGUCCUUCACACCCGGACAGCCUCUGAACAUCGAGCACAUCCAGGGAAUGUCAGACAGUAGAGGCUGCCCUGGCAAAGUUUAUAUUGUGCUUCCUAAAGCUCCGGAAAUCCUGGAAGGUCAAGGAGUCGGACCGGAGACCGACAUCUGGGCGAUCGGAGUUCUGUCCUUCAUCAUGCUGAGCGCCGACAGCCCGUUUCAUGCAGAAGACGGCUGGGAGCAGGACAAAAAUAUCAAGAAAGGGAAGAUCCAGUUUGGACGCUGCUAUCCGGGUCUGUCAGAAGGAGCUUUAACCUUCAUGAAGAGCAGCCUGAAUAACAAAUCCUGGGGGAGGCCGACUGCAGCCGAGUGUCUCCAGAACCUCUGGCUACGAACACAUCGAGCUCCACACAAAGCUCCACGCUCCAAAGUGUGUUUCUCCACCGACAAGCUCAAAGCUUUCCUCAAACAGAAAGAGGAGAAACGAGAUCAGGUGCGCAUCAAACUUCAGGGUCCCUUCUUCCAGUAAAAAUACAUCUUUUCUAGAUAACAUGCAGCUUUACAGCUUUGUGAAUCCAUAAAAAAAAAAUCAGUGCCUCCAACCUGAUCCCUCAGAAUCAGAUAUUAUUUAUGUAACUUUAUUAGAUUUAACAAAGAAAUGCAGUUUUACCUUCAUACUAUGAAUGUUUUCAGGUACAUAGGAGGUGAGUCCAAAUGUCAUGCUUUUAAAUUCAUGUUGUUGUUUUUCCACAGAAUAAAUCAUGUUUAUUAGAUGAUUCUGGUAUCAAAUGUAGUAAAAAUGCUCCUUUCAUUGUCUAGAACUAGUUCUGACCAACCACCUGUCACACAUGCUGAUAUGAGCCGUAAAGUUUACCCAGAAUGACCUUUUAAAGUUUAAAUCUGCUGAAUUAUCAGAAAACAGAAACACAUCCAGGGAGCCAGUGAUUGUUUCUGGGACUCUAUGACAUUAAACUGAUGCAGUUUUACUGUUCAACCUAUGAUACAUCCCAUAAUACUGAUGCUCACAGUUGGCUAUAGGAAAAUGAACAUAAACUAAAUUUAGUGUUUAUAUUGUGACACCUGGAUGGACAUAAAACUGAUUUAAUUGCAGUUUUAACAGAACUCAGAUGUCGCGUUUAUCUGCUGGACUGAAGAAUUUAUGAGGCUCAGAAAUUAUGGAAAAAAACGACCAAAGGGAUUUGAAAAAUGCUAAAUUUCUACCUACUUCUGAUGUAUGCUGAGGGUUUGUAAUUCUGAAAAUAUUCACAGUAUGAAGGUAAAACUUUGCACACAUAUACUAAAGUUACUGGAUUUAAAUCAGCUGAUUCUGAGGAGCUUUUUUCAGAUUUGGUUGAUUUUCUACAGAAUGAUUCAGCAUGUUUCGUUCAGCUGUGUGUGUGUUUUCUGUCGGGUGGGAUUCAUAAGUGAACUUUGGUGAACCCUGAUUUUUAAAACUGUGAUGUGUCUUAAUGAGUUUAAAGCGUACUUAGACGUUAGAUUGUGUGUUUUACGGAAAUAUCAGGGAUUAAACUUUGUCUGAGAAGCGACAAGUUCUAAAGUUCUGACUUUUCUCCUCUGCUUCAGCUUCAGAUUGACAUGUUUGGCCUUAAAGUAAGAAUGUUUUCUGUGUUGUUCUGCCUCCUACUGACGGCUUUAAACAGGAUUUUAUUUGCAGCAUUUUAUUGAAAUGUAUAAAUGGGGUUAAAUUAGUAGGUUUCAUUCAAUGCCUCAUAUUAAUAACAGUCCAGCAGCCUUGUGAAGAGUGAAAGAAAUAUUUAUUAAAUGUCAAAGAAGUGUUAA